AUGGAAGUGAGAUGUCGUCCAGCGGUGAUGUGUUGUGUUUUUGCCAUCCUCUGCUCCGUGGUUCCCCGGUCGCUGGAGUCUGUUUACAGGGACAGGCAGUACCUGAACGAGUGGGCAGUGGAGAUCCCAGGCGGACUGGACGCUGCGGAGGCGAUCGCCAGAGAGCUGGACUACGAACUGGUCCGACAGAUUGGGGCCCUCAAAGACCAUUUCUUGUUCAAACACCGCAAUCAUCCUAGCAGAAUGAAACGAAGCGCUGACCACAUCACCAGGCAGCUGUCGGAGGAUGACCGGGUGCUGUGGGCAGAGCAGCAGUACGAGAAACGUCGCAGCAAGCGAGCAUCCCUCGGGGGAUGCGGGGAUUGCCCGGUGGAUAAGCUGUUUGAUGAUCCCAUGUGGAACCAGCAGUGGUACCUGCAAGAUACGCGGACCUCCUCUUCGCUGCCGAAGCUGGACCUGCAUGUGAUCCCCGUGUGGCAGAAAGGCAUCACCGGAAAAGGAGUGGUCAUCACCGUUCUGGAUGACGGGCUGGAGUGGAACCACACAGACAUCUACUCCAACUACGAUGCAGCAGCCAGCUUCGAUUUCAACAACAACGACCCAGACCCCUUCCCCAGAUACGACUCCACUAAUGAAAAUAAGCAUGGGACCAGGUGUGCUGGGGAAAUCGCUAUGCAGGCAGACAACAAUAAAUGUGGGGUUGGAGUGGCAUUUAACUCCAAGGUUGGAGGGAUUCGUAUGCUGGAUGGGAUCGUGACUGAUGCCAUCGAGGCCAGUUCUAUUGGAUUCAAUCCAGACCAUGUCGACAUCUACAGUGCUAGCUGGGGGCCCAAUGAUGAUGGCAAGACAGUGGAGGGCCCCGGCCGCCUGGCCCAGAAGGCUUUUGAAUACGGUAUCCAGAAGGGCCGUGGUGGGAAAGGCUCUAUCUUUGUUUGGGCAUCAGGUAAUGGUGGCCGCCAGGGCGAUAACUGCGACUGUGACGGCUACACAGACAGCAUCUACACUAUCUCAAUCAGCAGCGCCUCCCAGCAGGGCUUGUCCCCCUGGUACGCUGAGAAGUGCUCCUCCACUCUGGCUACAGCGUACAGCAGUGGGGACUACACCGACCAGAGGAUUACGAGUGCUGAUCUGCACAAUGAGUGCACUCAGACUCACACUGGAACGUCGGCCUCUGCCCCGCUGGCUGCUGGAAUAUUUGCCCUGGCACUGGAACAAAACCCGGAUCUAACCUGGAGAGACCUGCAGCACAUUGUAGUCUGGACCUCUGAGUUUGAUCCUUUGGCCAAUAAUCCAGGCUGGAAAAGGAACGGAGCUGGGCUGAUGGUCAACAGCCGCUUUGGCUUUGGCCUUCUGAAUGCUAAAGCCCUAGUGGACCUCGCUGACCUGGCCACCUGGAAGCAUGUGCCUGAAAAGAAGCAAUGUAUCGUCAGAGAUGAUUCUUUCCAGCCAAGGGAACUGAAAGCAGCAGGGGAGAUCACUAUAGAGAUUCCAACCAAAGCCUGUGCAGGGCAGGAGAAUGCAGUCCGCUCAUUGGAACAUGUGCAGGUGGAGGCCAGCAUUGAAUACACCAGGAGAGGCGAUCUGCACAUCACACUCACCUCCCCAGCCGGUACCAGUACAGUGCUGCUGGCUGAACGAGAGAGGGACACGUCCUCUAACGGCUUCAGAAACUGGGACUUCAUGUCUGUCCAUACAUGGGGAGAAGACCCGGCUGGUACAUGGACGCUAAAGAUCACAGACACUUCGGGCCGCAUGGGGAACGAGGGUCGGAUUUUGAAUUGGAAAUUGAUUCUUCAUGGAACGUCAGAGAAGCCAGAGCACAUGAAGAAACCUAGAGUGUAUAUUCCCUACAACGCUGUGCAGAAUGACAGGCGUGGUGUAGAGCAUAUGGAUGACAUGAUGGAGGUAAGUACAAACCUACAGGAGCCCACACAGGCCCAUCCACGUCCUAAGACAGAAACUUCUCCCUCUUCCAACCCAGAGAAGCUGCCCAAAAUGCCCUCAAAUUCACCCUACUCCCCCUCUCUGGCCCUGCUGCGUCUCCUGCAGACGGCCUUCAACAGGCAGACCCCAGCCCUGCAGCGGCCCCAGGCCGUAGCCAGGGCCUCGUCCUCCAUCUGGAGGAAGCAGCAGCAGCAGCUGGACAGGAGCCUCUCUCCUCCUGCUACAAGACUCCCCCCUCAGAAGCUGUACCAGGCUCUGGACAUGAUCAACAAAUACCGGGGCCCUGACGACAGUGUCUACAGUGACUACAGUGAUGGCUUCUACAGCACCAAGCCGUACAGGCACAGGGAUGACCGACUGCUGCAGGCCCUAUUUGAAAUGAUAGAUGAUGACCGCAAGUGAAGGCCUGAGGGGAGGAGAGGAGAGGAGAGGAGAGGAGAGAAGAAAUACAUAAGAUAAGGGGAAAGCAUGGUUAUGUGUUGGUUUGGGAGCAGAGGAACAAGGUGAAGAGAAGAGAGAAAGUGGAGGGAUGGGAUGAGGCAUUGGAGUAGUGGAGGAGAAGUGAAGGAAUAGAGGAAAGAAAACUCUUUCCCCCCAAAAUGCUGCAUAUCUGGUAUCUUUACAUUCAUCUGCCAAUCACCAUUCGUUAAUUAUUCCCUUUCAUUCUACACAGUCCACAUAUGAUUCAAAACAUGGACUUGUUUAGAGCCUCUCUCCUACUAACUGGAUCUCCAUGUACUGAAGGUGAAAGCAUUUAAAUCAUAAGUAAAGGAGGGGAAAGCCUUGUCUCUCUUCUCUUCACUGCCUGCUCAAGCAUGUCACCCUUAGAAUAUAAAUUUUGUAUUCGUAUCUAUAUAUUAUCUAUAUAUUAUACAAAGACAAUGAUUGUAACACAGUUUUGAAAACACUUGACAUCUAAAAUCUUCAGUUUCAAAAAUCCAGUUUCUAUUCAUAUACCUUUGCAUUUUUCAUAUGUCUUUCUUUUUUUUUUUCAACGUUUCACAAUAGUAUAGGACACCUACUCACUUUAUUCUCUUUAGAAUACAAAUUAAUUCUUAAAAAACAGACAUGAGGUCAUUAAAUUGGAGUCAGCAUACAUUCAAAACAAAAGAAAAUGUAAAAUUGACCAGCAGUUUGAAAAGUUUAAACGUGUUGACAAAAGAUUUAUUCUCAGGGUUUCGACAAAGCUCAAGAGAGUAAAAGAAUCUUAUUCUGGACUGUAAGUAUUAAGAGAAAUAUAUUUAUUGUGAAAGAUUAUUUACUGUAAAAGUAUGCAGAUGACACAACACAGUUAUACCAAUACACUAUUGAAGAGGAGAAAACAUAAAAACCUUGACUCUGUUAAAAAUGAAUAACAGAAGGAGCAAGGAGAAAGCUGGAGUAGAGAUACAUUCAAAGUGGGAAAAAAAAUAAAAGAUUAAUCUUCUUCUUGUGCAAUUUGUUUAAUUUUGUAUAAGUACAAUGCUGCAUUAAAUGAAAUAUUUUUCUAAGGAUCCUCAUAGUUUAUGGAAAUAAUAUAUACAGUAUCAAACCCUUGAACAGUUUAUUUUCUCGUGGCACAGUUGACUCAGUAACUGCAAAGUCAGUGUAGUUAUCAUAACUACCGAUGAACACUGCCAACAUCUUUGCUGUCAAAAAGCUUCUGUGUAUUCAGUGAUUGUGCAAAUAGCUAACAUGUUGUUUGUUCACCACCUGUAAUAUAACAACUACAAACAGUUCCAUGAAUCCUAGACAGACUAUUGCUUUAAUAUUCGCAGCUGAACCACUUCUCUGGUAUUAUUUAUUCGGUAUUAAAGGACCUAUCACAGCUGACCAGAAACUCUGUAGUAUAGGGGCUCUGCACUGCAAACUUCAAGCAGAUUCAUCUUGAACACCUUAAUGUAUGCUGUAAUAAAUGUGCGCACUCAUCUCCACAUGGUGUAGAUAGAUUUACAGAUGCUAGUCUAAGUGUUUAUGACAUGAAUAGUUAUGAAGUCUCUAUGCAGAGUCUCUAUCCUGCAGCUUGGCACGGCCUGCCCCGCUUCUCUGCCAACAAGGUGACAGGAAAAAGAAGAUGUUUGGGACAAUGCUUUACAUGCACUCUGUAAAUUAUCCAUUCUUUAGAGUAGCCCGUGCUGUUUUCUUUAUAUUUUUGCUUUUGACUGAUGCUUCAGUCCAAAGUUGUUUACAAAAACCAAUAUUAUGUUGCAAUUUCUGUAUGGACGUACAAAAAAAAAAAAAUUAUGAGAUUUAUCGUAAUAAACUGCAAAGUGACCUCUCGUCUCUCUGUUUGAGUCUCUGGCAACGUGCAGUAAUUUUGGGAGU